CGUCAGGGCUGAGCGAAAGGAGAGACUGAGAGAGGGAGCCCCGGGACGCAGCAGGACGCGGGCCAAGGCAGGGUUUUCCAGCCUGGCGCAUCCUCAGCUCAAGUCUCGGCCAGCCGGCGUCAACCCCGCCCUUCCUCUCCCAGUGGGCGUUCGUGGGCGGUGUACUGCAAAGUCCAGUAGCUUCCCGGGCGCCGCGAAGUUGGGUGCGUUGAGGGCGCGCAUGGCGGCGGUGGGGCCGCGGACCGGCCCGAGCGCCGGGGCUGAGGCACUGGCAUUGGCGGCAGAGCUGCAGGGCGAGGCGACCUGCUCCAUCUGCCUGGAGCUUUUCCGUGAGCCGGUGUCCGUUGAGUGCGGCCACAGCUUUUGCCGCGCCUGCAUUGCACGCUGCUGGGAGCGCCCGAGCGCGGGGCCCACUACCGUGUCCCGCACGCUGCCCUACUCUCUGCCCUGCUCGCUGCCCUGCCCGCAGUGUCGCGAGCCUGCGCGCCCCGGCCAGCUACGGCCCAACCGGCAGCUGGCCGCAGUGGCCACACUGCUGCGGCGCUUCAGCCUCCCAGCUGCCGCGCCGGGGGAACGCGGGCCCCUGGAGGCUGUGUCCGUCGGGUGUGCGCAGCACGGCGAACCUCUCAAGCUCUACUGCCAGGACGACGGACGUGCCAUUUGCGUUGUGUGCGACCGCGCUCGCGAGCACCGCGCUCACGCAGUGUUGCCGCUCGACGAGGCGGUGCAGGAGGCCAAGGAGCUCCUGGAGUCCAGGCUGAAGGUCUUGAAGAAGGAUCUGGAGGACUAUGAGGCCUUUCGUUCCACCGAAGAGAAGGAGAGUAAGGAGCUCUUGAAACAGAUGGCAGCCGAGCGAGAAAAGGUAGGAGCAGAGUUCCAGGCUCUGCGGGCCUUCCUGGUGGAGCAGGAGGGCCGGCUCCUGGGCCGCCUGGAGGAAAUAUCCCGAGAGGUGACACAGAAGCAGAAUGAGAACCUGGCCCAGCUUGGGGAUGAGAUUGCCCAGCUCUCCAAACUCAGCAGCCAGAUCCAGGAGACAACUUGCAAGCCUGACCUUGACUUUCUCCAGGAAUUCAAAAACACCCUAAGCAAGUGCAGCAAUGUGCCUGCCCCCAAGCCAACCACAGUGUCUUCUGAGAUGAAGAAUAAAGUCUGGAACGUUUCCCUCAAGACCUUUGUCUUAAAAGGGCUGCUCAAGAAGUUCAAAGAGGAUCUUCGAGGAGAGCUGGAGAAAGAGGAAAAAGUGGAGCUGACCUUGGACCCCGACACGGCCAACCCCCGCCUCAUCCUCUCUCUGGAUCUUAAGAGCGUGCGCCUUGGACAGCGGGCCCAGGAUCUGCCCAGCCACCCGCGUCGCUUCGACACCAACACUCGAGUCCUGGCAUCCUGCGGCUUCUCCUCCGGGCGGCACCACUGGGAGGUGGAAGUGGGCUCCAAGGACGGCUGGGCCUUUGGCGUGGCCCGUGAAAGCGUGCGCCGCAAGGGCCUCACGCCUUUCACACCUGAGGAGGGCGUCUGGGCGCUGCAGCUCAACUGCGGGCAGUACUGGGCGGUGACCAGCCCUGAACGAACGCCCCUCAGCUGUGGGCACCUGUCCCGUGUGCGUGUAGCCCUGGACCUAGAGGUGGGGGCCGUGUCCUUCUAUGCUGCAGAGGACAUGCGCCAUAUCUACACCUUCCGCGUCAACUUCCAAGAACGUGUGUUCCCCCUUUUCUCUGUCUGUUCCACUGGCACCUAUUUGCGAAUCUGGCCUUGAGGGGCACUGUCUCACAACAUCAAAGACAUGAGAUUGGGUCGUUGGGAAAAAGGGCUCUGAGGUCAACUGAGCAGAAGAGAUGCCUUGGACCCUGCUGUCUGUCCUCUACCUGUUGUGGGCAUGUGGAUUUGGCCUGAGCUGUGAGGUGGAGGUGGAUGAGAACAGGAGCCCAACUCCAUCAGAGGUGCUUCCUAUCACUGUCCCAACUCAGAAGGUCUUCUGGUUCCAUGUAAUAAAACCAAACCCUGUGUUGUCCUGUUACAAGGGAGCAGCUUCAUGACUACUUCAGCUUUGCCUUCUUGUCAUCAGCCAGCUCUGCCCUCAGAGACCUGGAUCUAUCCGGCCUGAUAAAGUCGUCUAUUUAGUGAGGAGCACUGUACUCCCAUCUCAGAAGGGAAUCUAAGCCAGAACUGGAAGGAGGCCCUUGAUCUGUACAUGAGGAAAAAGCCCAGGACAACAGCACAUGAGCAUUGCUGGCGUCCACCACCCCUUAGCCUGAUGACAGAGUGUAUGUACAUCUUUGGCCACUGUGACAGCCCCAUGUUCUUACAUUUGCCUACACUCUUUUCAAGUGCCACAGUACAGUCUCCUUUAGGUAAGGAGACCAAAUUCUGGAAUUUUGAAACACAAGAUAGUACUUACAAUUUUAUAGAAGCAACCGACACUUUUAUGGAAAUGCGCAGGGCACAAGCAUAACCCUGACAGACCCUUUUGGGAGCUUCCCAAAUGUAUUCCAACAGCAGAGGACCCUGUGCCAAGUCCUGCUCAGCAUGGGUCCUGGUGGGUGUUAUUCCCUUGGCUAAUUGUUCCCCAGCUUCUAUGUGGCUGGGUUUCUGAGUGGGUGGAGGUGGGCUCUUCCCUGCUUUUUGCUCACCAGGAAGGAGGUAUGGGGAGAUGGAAUUACAUAUGUGAGCUCA